AAUGAGAAUAAAAUAUAUUUUUUCUCACUCUAAUUUAUUGCACUAGUUCAGCAGUGCUGCUAAAAGGAACAGACCAAAGUAUACCUGUUAGGUUAUUUCAUCUUUUAUAAACUGUGCUAUUUACUUCGUGAGUUAUUUUAUGAUUAGCUUCAUGUGGUGAAUAAUCUUGUUUUGGCGAUUUUUAUUGAAUUUAAGCCGUCAAAUAAUUCGUCCACUGAUUAUCGUAUAUACAGGAUGUUCCAUAUAUAGUAUUUAAAGGAGAAGAUGAUAAUAUGAAAUAGAACAAUAAUAAGAAAUAAGCCUGAUUUCUUAAACAAUUGCUAUUAUUUGUUAAUAACUGAAAUAAACAUCCAUGAAGAUCCUUAUUGGCCACCAGAGGACUAUUAUUAGUAUCUGAAGGAUUUUUACAUACUUUGAAUUAUUGAGCUUAAAUUUCAUAAGAAUUUAAAAAAAAUUUUUUUUUCAAUUUACGAUUUUUACAUUCAAAAGAAUUCAACAAAAACAGAUAGAGAACAAAAAUGGAAUCUGACGUGAGUGCAGAAAAAAAUCAAAUGGAUACGUUUGAGAAAGUCAUGAUGGAUAUCCAAUUGACAAACGAUAACAAGCUAAUUAUUAGCGACGAUAGCACCGUGGCACCGGUGAUAAUAGAGGAAUUGGACGAGAACGCUAUCAGCUCGAUGGACGUUGAUAUCAGCGAAUUCGUCGAAGCCAAAGCGCUACAGAUACAAGAAGUAGAAAAUAUAAUUCCGAAUUACACGCUUUCGCAAUCGUGUAGUUCAAGUAAGAAUCUUGCAAUGGAUACAGAUCAGGAUCAGGAUAUGUUACUCACUCCGGACGAACAGGACUCCGGUCGUCUGACGAAACAGUUUUUAGACGGGGAGCUAACAUUCUGCGAAUUUUCGUCGAAAAUGGAUCAGAACAUUAAUCUGGAUAUGUCGGAAAACGAUGCUUCCAGAAAAAAUGUCGAGACCGAUCGGGUUGCUCUGGUGCAAAAGUUUGCCGAACCGAAGACAAGUAAAGCCAAUAGUGGUCAGCAGGUGCGGCAGAGAAGGAAGAAACGUCUUUUGCCACAAGUUCUACAAGGACUCAUGGGAGAAGCAAACGUGAGAUUCGCGAAGGGAGAAGUAGAUAUAGCUGAGCAAAUGUGCUUGGAGAUUAUUAGACAAGUGCCGAGCGCUUCGGAACCGUUUCAAACGCUGGCAAUGAUAUACGAGAAUGAUCAACCAAGAAGAUCCUUGCAGUUUGCUCUGAUUGCUGCGUAUCUCAGCCCUAGAGGUGCUGAACAGUGGGUGAGAUUAGCUUACUUGUCGCUGGAGAAUAACGACAUAAAACAAGCUAUAGCGUGUUACUCCAAAGCCAUCCAAGCGAGCCCAAAGAACAUAAAUCUGUACAAUACACGGGCUCAACUUUACGAGAAGAAUGGAGACAAGAAAGGCUACAUACGUGGAUACAUGAAGUUGAUUCAACAGUUAGAUGCCGAGGACGGCAAAUAUAUAGUGGAAUAUGCAAUGAUGUUAGCCAAGCAUUAUAUUAUGCACGAGGGCGACUACGAGCACGCGUUAGAACCAAUGGAGAUUCUCUUCGCCAAAUGUCCUAAUCUCAUCACGUUGGAAGAGGUCAAUGUCAUGACCGAGGUACUAAUACCGUUGAAACAGUUCAAAAAGUGUCUGAAUAUACUGAUCAAGUAUACGAGUAUCCGAAUACGAUGCAAGGGCAACAGGGAGAUCGGAAGAGAAACGGGAAAUGCGUGUGACAACGCGAGACAACUCGAAGAAAGGGAACAGUCGAAUAAUUCGACAGGGGGAGUUUCGUGCCAAUCGGAAUAUCAAGACAUCGAUGAGAUAGAAUUCUGCGACAUUCCGGACGACGUGGCUGCCGACUUGAGAACGAAAUGCCUCAUAUGUCUGAUAGAAUUAAAUUAUGUUCAAAUAGCUGAUGAAUUUUUACCUAAAUUGUAUAACGAGAAUCCGGAGAAUUUCGGAGAUCUCUUUUUGGACGUGGCAGAAUCGUUAAUGAGCAAGAAAGAGUUUCAGCGUGCAUUGUUGCUGUUGGAUCCUUUGGUCAAAAGUAAGAGUUACAGCAUGGCCGGAGUCUGGUUGAAGCACGCGGAAUGCUGCGCUGCCUGCAACGAUUUGAAUAAGGCUGUGGUAUCUUACGAAGUCGUUCUGGAUAGGACAGAACAUUUAGGCGCGAAAUUAGCUCUGGCCAAGAUUUACAAGGACAAGGAACUUUACGACGAAGCGAUACGAGUUCUCUAUCAGGAUCCCGAGCGCGAAACGUUGGAUCCUUACGCGUUGUAUCAGAGAAUGUUGCUGCUGUACAAAGUUGGGAGAUACGAGGAGUACCUCUCGUUAGGUAUGUUGCUUAUGUCUCGGCACUGCAUCAGUAUAAAAAGCAAAGUUGAUCUAAAAGCUUUGGCGCGCCCAACCGGCGUUCGUCAGCGUCUUGAGGGUUUACGAAAUUAUCGUUUGUCGUGCGGGAAAACGAUGGAAGACGAAAAUGCCCCGACAUUCGGCGACAGUGCAGAACCGAGUGAAAAGGAUGAAUUCCUGCUUUUUCUACAGAUGUGCAAGCUAGCGUAUAAAUUGAAGAAAUAUGGCUCCCUUCAAAGAAUAUGCUUCACUGCUUUGACAUCGAAGAGAUUCAAGAAGAGGAAUUCUCACAUAAUCUUUUUAUGUUUGAUCUCGUGCAUUCACAAUAACGAUUCGUAUUAUGGGUACAAUAUUGUGCGAGAAUUCGUGCGCGAGUGCCAAAGUUCAAAUUCGUGGAACUUGCUGAACAUCAUUAUUCAAAAAACAGAGGAUUUGAGACACAACAGGUUUAUAAUGCGAUUGCUCGGAAGGGAAGAUGUCUUUACGUAUUUGCAUAUCAUGCAUGCGAACAAUUGUCUCGUUUCGGGAACGUACAAAUACGCUUUGAAUGCAUAUAUUUCGCUAUUCAAAGUAACACCGAGCGCAUUGCUGGCAUUGUUAAUAGGUAUAACGCAUUUACAAAUGGCAUGUCAGAAGUUAUCGUCCAAGAAGAAUCAGCUCCUGAUUCAAGCUUUAGCCUUUUUCAAGAAGUACAUGCAACUACGUGGCAAAGAAGGUCAACAAGAAAGCUAUUACAACAUGGCCAGAGCAUUUCAUCAGAUCGGUUUAUUACCGUCUGCGAUCCACUUCUACAAGUUGGUUCUGGAAGAGGAUCCAGGAGAAUUGGUCAAACAGAACGCGAAAUAUUUGGAUCUAAGAAAAGAAGCGGCUUUUAAUUUACAUCUUAUAUAUAUGCAAUCUGAAAAUCAUCUUCUCGCUAGAAUGUAUCUCGAAGAUUAUAUUGUGAUUUGAAUGUAUUGUCAAUUGAGAUAUCAAGACACCAACGAAAUAAGUUGCUUUUAGCGAAUAUAAUGGUUUUGCAACUGUUGAGUAAAAAUAAUUUCUGUUGUGUUCGCUGAAUACAUCAUGUAUUCUUUGAACAUAACCAUAGAAUCUUGUGACAUGUCGGAUGAUAUAGCUGUUUAUUUGAGAUUGAAGUUCAGUGAAAGACUUCAGAAGAAACUUUCCAAAUAAACACUAUAUGUACGACAAUUUGAAGAUUUGUGGAGAUCUCCUGACGGAAAUAACACAGUAGAGGCGUUAAUAGGCAAGAAUUUAAUGAAUUGUUUUUGAUUUUUUGGUCAAAAGUAUAAAUUUUAGCCUACUUUGUAUAAAAGCAUUUAUAAUUCUGUACAUCUAAUAUGUCAACUUUAUAGGAAAAAAGACAAUAUUUUGUCAGUAAAAUAUUUACCUAAUGUGGUCUACCUAAGACUUACAAUAUCGUUUCGCAAGAGAAUACUCAAGUUGAAAUAUAAUAUAGAAUUAUCAUUUAAUAUAUGUAUAUAUUUUUAUUAUUUUAAUAUAUGUGUAUAGUUUUGUUAUUUUUACAAAGCGCACGAAAGUUAUUUUUUAAAUGAAACCACGUGUAUUUAUACUUCGAUUUGUGUUAUAUUUAAUUACAGAUUAAAAAUAACUGAUAUAUAAAUACAUAAUAUUGCGUUAAAUAUAUACAUCGAGACAUUUAUAUAAAUUUAAAGAUUUACUAUGUCGCACGUAAAUGGUUCAAGAGAGGAAUAAAUUUGGGAUUAUA